AUGUCAGGCCUGAGCACUCGUGACGAGGACUGUGCAGAGACUGCCGUCAUGGAGGCUGGAGAUGGUGGGGAUCCCACCUCCGACAUAGUUUUGGAGCAAGUGACAUAUGAGGCUGGCGUGUACAAGGCUGUGGGGAGCUUCCUGACAGCUGCCAGCCCGCCCACUGUGUACGACCUCCUCACAGACUACCCUACUCUGCCCCGGAUCUUCACCAGCAUCGCCGAGUGCAGGGAGGAGGCAGGGAAGGAGGGGGACUCACUCCUGCGACAGACCUGCCUCUGGGAGUUCCUCGGCUUCUCCGGCCAGUUUGACAGCCUGCUGCGUGUGAGCGAGGACCCAGCCAUGCACCGCGUCAGCUUCAGCCUCGUCCCCGGCCAGUCCGGGUUCCUGGCGGACCUGACAGGCACCUGGUCGGUGCAGGCCGCGCCGGGCGACGCGGGGCUGACCAGGACGCAGUACAGCCUGGCGGUACACCUCGCCAGCAAGCCGCCGCACGCCAUCGGGUCCCUGGCCAAGGCCAUCUUUGCGUCUCAGGUGAAGGCCAUGCUGUCGGAUCUGCAGCAGGCGGUGGGUCGGUGA